AUGAUUGUUGACGAUAAGCCAGCUACUGAAAUAUGCCAGCCAAUUGUUGAUUCCAGAAUCAAAGAGCUGAGAUCGUGUUUGAAAUCCUCGAAUCUGGUAACCCCAGGCUGCUCGGCCUACGGAAACAGUAUUCAGCGCUGGGCCAAAUCCAGUGAAAAGAGAGCAGGUUGUAUCGUGUAUGCCGAAUCGGCCGAAGAUGUUUCUGCAACUGUCCUGUUUGCUCGGAAGCAUAACCUGGACUUAGCAGUCAAAGGCGGCGGUCAUUCAACAAGUGGAAGUUCUUCCACUGAAGGCGGAAUUGUCAUUGAUCUUUCCAGGAUGAGCCAAGUCCAGGUCUUUCCAGAGUCCAAGCAAAUUGCCAUUCAAGGAGGCGCCCUUUGGGCGGACGUUGACCGCGUCGCUGGAGAAUAUGGUCUGGCCACGGUGGGAGGGACCGUCAACCAUACUGGCGUUGGCGGCCUGACCCUCGGUGGAGGCUACGGUUGGCUGUCUGGCAUGUACGGCUUAGUGAUCGAUAAUCUUGUCAAGGCCAACAUAGUCCUUGCAGACGGUCGUAUCAUGUCAGCUUCUGCAGAUGAGAAUCCUGACCUCUUCUGGGCCGUGAGGGGCGCCGGGCAAAAUUUUGGCAUCGUUGUGGAAUUCACCCUUCAAGCAUAUGAUCAGCCAAAUCCGGUGUGGGCCGGCUUGCUCGGCUUCGCACCAGAUAAACUCGAAGCAAUCAUCGAGUUUACGAAUCACCUUUCUACGGUCAAUCAGGGGAACUCCGGAUUGCUUGUGGUUUUGGCGACCCCACCUGGCAUGGUCAUGCCAAUUGUUAUGACAGCCAUCUACUAUAACGGAUCCACGGAGGAAGGAACCAGACAAUUUGCUCCUUUAUUGGCAUUGGGUCCUAUCCUCAAUACAGUGGCUGAAAUUCCCUAUCACCAACUGAAUGGGAUUCUGAGCGAAGCAGGGAAGCCCGGAGACCGAGUCUCUACAAAGGGACCGGUCUUUCAUGCCCCGAUAAGCCCCCACUUUGUCCGAGGCAUAUACAAUGACCUCGCUCAGUACAUACAUGAACAGCCGGACGCCACCGCAACAGCAAUCUUUUUUGAGUUUCAUGCACCCUCGAAAAUAUGUGAAGUCGCACAGACUGCAACGUCCUUCGCGGGCCGUGACAAGCACAACAACGCCAUGAUCCUAGGGAAAUGGAGCCAGCCCGAGAACGACAAAACGUGCCGCGAUUGGGUUCGCAAGAUGGCUCGUAAAAUUACGGAUGAGACAACAAAGCUCAACCGAGGACAGAAUGAGAUUCCGAAGGAAUACGUGAAUUAUGAUUCGCUCGGUGCCAAAGCUGAGGACGUAUAUGGUGCCAACUAUGAUCGAUUGCGGCAGCUCAAAUCGGCGUACGAUCCGCAAAACGUCUUCAACAAGUCUCAUCCUAUUGUGCCGGCGCCAGUAAGUUAACAUUCCUGCCUGGAUGAACGACUCUACGUGAAAUCGCAAUUUCAUUAAAUCAUUCAUGUAAUCCUCCAACAAAUUGCGCCCUGGGAAAAGGACGACAUGGGUCAUAAUCUUGGUGAACUGAGG